ACAUGUUCGCUAUGGAUGGCAUUUCUGACAGUUUGUAUUCAAAAAUUCAGUUUGUUGUUCAAUUUGUUGUAAUAUUUUUUAGUGUUUUUAUUUUCAGGUGUAAUGGAGAAGAGCUUCGACUUCGGAAGGCUUCUGAAGAACCACGAGAAGAAACACAAAAACAAACCUGCGCAGUUUACUAGCGUGGCAGGCGGGGUCCAGAAGCGGUUGGGAGACAACUUGAAACACAGAAAAAGCAGUCGUUUGACUGUGUUUGACAGAAUAAGGAACUUAUCACGAUGUGAAAGCCCUACACCAGUAGGACCAGUGGACACUGCCAAAUCUAAGGUUGAGCAUCGGAGACAGCAGCUAGAAAAAUGGAAGGAAGAAAAGGAAAAGCAAAAAAAGCAGGCCGCUGCUCUAAAGAAAAAGCCAUUUGUAGCAGGAGUACCGCACGCUCCCUUAAAGUUUGUGCCGCCUCCUCCGCCACCAAAACCUAUGCCGAGUACUUCUGGGAGGGUUACGAGAUCACAAUCUGCGAAGCAAAGUGCAACACAAAAAGCUAACACCAAACAGAACAGGGCUCAGUCAUUUGCCCCCAUAAAUGCUUCAUUUCAGCCACCAAAAAAUCUGAUUAAAGUACCAAAAUUAGCUCCUGUGACCAAAACAAAGACGGACAAAAUUAAUUAUACGUUUAAUCCAGUAUUACCAAAUUCGUUGAAAAAUCCUGAAAAACAAACUAAAUCAACGAGAUCAAGAACACAAGUGAAUUCAAGACAAGCAAAUACUAAAUCAUCUGAAACACGAAAUACUCGCAGUAAUGCUGCUAACAACAAAAAUACUAGACUUGCUAAAAAGCAAAGCCCUAAGAAAGCAUCAAAUUCCCUUCAGAGUACAAGUUCGAGUAGUGAAGUUGAUACGGCAUCCUCUACAGAAAAGUCGCCAGUUUUCCAAGUUAAGACUCCGAGAAAGUCUUUAAAUAAAUCAAAGCAAUUCACACCCACAAAACCUGUGCCCAAGAGUGAAUCUAGCUCAGAAGAGAAACUUAGGUCUCCUAAAUCGCCAAUAGAUGUUGUGGUAGUGCCGAUGACUCCGGAGCAAAUAGAUGAGGAAUCUAAGAAGAUCAGUCCUUGCGUCACCAUGUCUAGAGGGAAGGAUAAUGCUAGAAGAGAAAUGAAAAAGAAGAUGGAAGAAGGAUUGUUGGAUGAUGACACAAGUGACAUGGAGAGCAUCAACCACUUCAGGCGUCAGCUCCAGUCUGAAAUCAAACGCAUGACGGAGAUGUGUGAGGUGUGGGACAAGAUACAAGAGCAGACACCUCUUUCAGAGACUAUACAGGAGCUGGUGUUAGGCGCGGUGGGGCAGGCGCGGCUGCUGAUGUCGCAGAAGCUGCAGCAGUUCGCGUCGCUGGUGGAGCGCUGUGCGCGCCCCGAGCCGGCCCAAGCGCUCGUCACACCCGCCGACCUGCAGGGCUUCUGGGACAUGGUGUUCAUGCAGGUACGAGCCCGAGGACGCCAGGCGGCCGCUGUGCGCAGCGCUGUGCGCGCCCCGAGCCGGCCCAAGCGCUCGUCACACCCGCCGACCUGCAGGGCUUCUGGGACAUGGUGUUCAUGCAGGUACGAGCCCGAGGACGCCAGGCGGCCGCUGUGCGCAGCGCUGUGCGCGCCCCGAGCCGGCCCAAGCGCUCGUCACACCCGCCGACCUGCAGGGCUUCUGGGACAUGGUGUUCAUGCAGGUACGAGCCCGAGGACGCCAGGCGGCCGCUGUGCGCAGCGCUGUGCGCGCCCCGAGCCGGCCCAAGCGCUCGUCACGCCCGCCGACCUGCAGGGCUUCUGGGACAUGGUGUUCAUGCAGGUGGAGAACAUAGACAUGCGAUUCAAGAAGCUGGAAGAGUUGCGAGCGCGCGGCUGGGUAGAAGACGCGCCGGUGGCCGUGGUCCGUAAGGCGCCGACCAAGAACAACGUGAAGAAAGCCACCAAGCCCAGCGGUGGGCCCAGCAGGCUGAGGGAGAUGAUUGCUGCUGCAAGAAAAGCCAAGAAGGAGCAAGAAGAAGCCACCACCACUUUAGCAGCGCCCGCCAGCCCAGCUGAACCCAGCAAGACGUUCGAAGCCGGUUUCUUCUGCGUGAAGUCUCCAGUGCGGUCCCCCGCACAAUCUACGCCCGCUAAACACAGCCUGCUCAAAGCUGUGCUGUCCAGUGAAGCUAAGAAAGCCUCUGCUUCUAAGAACACUGCAUCGUUUGCGAUGUUGCGAGCUUCGAUAAUGAGCAAAAAUGUAGAAGAUGGAAUAGCGCCUCUACCGCCUUCACCCAUGUCACCGGUCAACUUAUACGCGACACCAGCGCGUAGCAUCCUCAAAUCCGCCAACGUCGCGUCUGAUAAGAAAGCCGGAAAGAAAUCCAUCAAAGUGGUCCUCUUCGACGAGGCUGAGACAGACAACGACCAGAGCAGGACAGAAGAUAAAAAAGAAGAUUUAGAAGGUGUGUCAGAGUUGAACACAGACAGCGGACUGUCCUCUAUGGACGUUGAAAAGGAAACAGAACAAAAGGAAAACAGGGCUGUAACGAAAAGAGGUAGGUUGGUCAGGCAGGAUGCGACCACAGUAGACAGCCACCAAGUCAUGACCAGAAGUCGGAGGAAGAGUCUCAACGCUCAGCUCGAUGUGUCAAAUGAGGACGCAGAAGAAAAGACACCUAGAAGAUCGUCAAGAAAGAAGAAAGCGCUACAAGAAUCGGAAAAUAUAAUGGAGGAUAAGAUGGCAACCCCCAAAAGGUCUGUCAGGUCGAGGAAAAGUGGUAUACAGAGUGUUGUGGCAUAGAUUUAGGAUUAGACUGGAUAUUAGUAUAAAGAUGGAGACAUCACAAGGUUUUGCAAUACUUUUGUAUAGCAGAACACACGGACAUUCACUUGCAGCGGUAUUUCGGUACAUUAGCGAUUAUCGCCAUAUCGUUAAAAAGAGGGGGUUAGAUAAGUCAGUCGAGGCAAAGCGAGUUAUCUUAAAAAGACCUUAAGAAAGAGACCGCCAAUCAUCGGUUUCGGUUUGUGUAGCGGCGUCUCUCUCAUUAUUUUGUUGUCAGACCAACAAGUGUAUUCAAUUUUUUUUUCUUUUUAUUUUCCACUAUUAUUUUAAAAUAGCAAGUCGAUUGUUAGUUUAAUCUUCUAUUUCAAUGUUAUUUCCUUUAUUUUAUAGUUUUACUUGAAAUAAUCAUGGGUUUGCAUCAAGUAUUGUCACUUGUAAAAGAUAUGUCUGUAUUUAGCAGAUAUGAUCUUCUUUUCAAUAUCGUAUAAAAUAUCGAGAUAACUUUUUAGUGUUCAUUAAAAAUAAUUAUCUCCAAGUUAACUUUGUCCAAAGAAAUAAUGAUUGAGACAUUAAUAUCCGAAAAUAAUGCCGCACAAAAUUUAAAUUUAGUUUAGACAUUUACAAUCAUUGAAGUGUGUUAAAUUAUGUUAGAUGCAAGUUAUUCUUGUUAAAAUAUUGUAUUUUGUAGAUCUGUUUGUGACUUUGUACUGAAAAUUAUCAUAAGUUGUUGCGUAUCUGUAUUUCUUUUAGUUUUUGACAUUGAAAUGAAUUAUAACAAAGUUAGUUUGAUAAUAGCCAUAACACAAAAUAGUGAGAACAAGUGCCUGUAAAAUAGAUUUAAUUUAUUAGAAUAGUGUUACAUUAUAGCCUAAAGCUAUAAGCAUUUCAGCUAGCAUUGUUUUAACACUUAGGUACAUUUUUAUCUGGCUAUGAAUUUGUUUUGUUACUUUAGCAUGUUCCUUACAAUUAAGAUAGGAAUGUAGAAUGAUAAAACGAAUCGAAAGUAGUACUACAGAUACUGUAAGUCGGAUGUAGCUUUGUAAAAUUAAUUACGUAAUAAAUAAAUCUAAAGUUA